AUGGCGUUCAGGCCAAGAUACAAGAGCGUGUAUUGUGGUCCCCAGGAGCAAGGUUUGUAUCUAACGAUGGCCAUGACCAGUUUGGGAUGCAGCGGAAAGACGAAAAAUGAUCUUCUCAAAGCGCUGAAACUGCCGGAAUAUCGGAACGAGUACGAAGUGCAUGCGGCCACCGGUGCGCUGCUCAAUCGCGGACUGCAACCCUCCGGUUAUUUACACGUGCAUGCCGCCCAUCGCCUGUUUGUACUCAACCGUGCGGAUGUUGGAACCAGAUAUGUGAAAGACGUAUUCAAGUAUUACACAGCAAAAUGGGAAGAUUUGUCAAAUAUGAAGGAUAAUGACACAAAACGUCGACACAUAAACGACUGGGUGGGAAAAAUGACCCAGUAUAAUAUUCAGGAUUUGCUUCCACUCUCCAGUAUCACGGAGGAUACAAUAUUCACAAUGGUGGAUGCUCUUUACGUCAAAGGGAUUUGGAGAGAUCAUUUUCCGAAACAAUGCACAACUACAGCACCAUUUUAUCGAGAGAACGGACCCGCUAUGGUUGUGAAGAUGAUGUCCACUGAAGGGUUAUAUCAGAUCCAUGAAUUGCCGGAAGCUAAAGCCAGAAUGAUCAAGAUACCACUGGGGAAUCCGGAUUGGCAAUACCUAAUCGUCGUACCGAAUGAGGUGUCUGGGUUGCGUGGCGUCAUGUCCUAUCUGGCCACCGGAAACCAUUUGAUCGACCUGAUUAGCACACAGAACAAAUUGGCUUUUGUUCGCCUCAACUUGCCACGCUUCAAAGUCGGUGAUGAACCCUCGAUGAAUAUCAAACGUUUGUUGUGCUCCAUUGGAGCGUCAUCUGUGUUCCAGAAACAGGGGAAUGAAAUGUCCGGUAUUUGCCGUCAUCCAUCCGCUUGUAUGUCGGAUAUAUUUCACAAAGUUGUGCUGGAGGUGAAUGAGGAUGGCAAUGAAUUAAUUCAAUCGGGAGCUGUUCCACCCACAUCUCCACUGGGUUUGCCAAUGGUGGAAUUCUGUGUCAAUCGACCAUUCCUGCUGGCGGUUGUCUACAAUGAACGUAUUCCAGUGUUCAUGGGUUAUAUCAUGAGUCCCAAUAGCCGAUAA